UAAAAAGUAAUGUUUACAUUUGCUCGCCAAUCCAUCGAACACGUUAAUGAGUUAAAUCAAUAAUCGCUGGAAAACCAAUUUCGUUUGAUUUCUAAUUUGUGCCCCAGGUGGGGCCAUCGCAGCGGAAAUCCAUAAAAGUCGAAACCACAACGGUUCUUUCCUUAUUUUCGCGCACUGAGCUAAUGCCUUCCGUUAAUGGCUUCCGAAUCUUCCACACCUAAACCCCUAGCAAUCGACUCUUCCCUCUGCUUCGUCACUGCUAUCGAAUCGUUUUCGCGGCAGCUGAAUUUAUCUCUUCCUCCGCUGAAGCUUCCAUUUCGACCCCCUCCUUUUCCCUCCGAUUUCCCCCAAUCUAAACUCAUCCCAAAUUCCCGUUUCGUCGUGGACGCAUUUGGCCACGCCGGCGAUUACUCUCUUUCAUAUUUCCUCUCUCAUUUUCACUCCGAUCACUAUGGUGGUCUCUCACCUACUUGGUGCAAGGGUAUUAUCUUCUGCUCCCACCUUACUGCUCGCCUUUUGCUCGAAGUUCUCAAAGUCCCUCUGCCAUUCGUCCACCCAUUGCCGCUUCGAGAGCCUACAACAAUAGAUGGCUGUGAGGUAAUACUUGUUGAUGCCAAUCAUUGUCCGGGUGCAGUCCAGUUCUUGUUUAAGAUUCCUUGUGGGGAUGGAAAGUUUGAGAGAUAUGUUCAUACUGGUGAUUUUCGGUUUUUUGAUUCUAUGAGAGUCGACCCUGUUUUGGAAAGGUUUAUUGGCUCGGAUGCGGUUUUCUUGGAUACUACGUACUGUAAUCCGAAGUUUAGUUUUCCUUCCCAGGAGGAGUCUAUUGAAUAUAUAGUUAACAUCAUACAACAAACUGGAGGUGCAAGUAAGGGUUCUAUGGGGAACGUUCUUUUUCUUGUCGCAACUUAUGUGAUUGGAAAGGAAAAAAUUUUGCUUCAAAUUGCAAGUCGAUGUAAUCGUAAGAUAAUGGUCGAUGCUAGGAAAAUGACAGUCUUACGUGUUUUGGGAUAUGGAGAGAGCGGGGUGUUUACCGAGCAUGAAAGUGAAAGUGAUGUUCAUGUUGUUGGAUGGAAUGUGUUGGGUGAAACUUGGCCUUUUUUUAGGCCUAAUUUUGUUAGAAUAAAGGAUAUAAUGGUGGAAAAGGGGUAUUCGAAGGUUGUUGGUUUUGUUCCAACAGGGUGGACUUAUGAGUUGAAACACAACAAGUUCUCAGUAAGGUCCAAGGAUUCACUAGAGAUACAUCUGGUGCCAUAUAGUGAACACUCAAACUACAAUGAACUUAGGGAAUAUGUGAAGUUUUUGAGACCUAAAAGAGUUGUUCCCACUGUGGGUUUGGAUGUUGAUAAACUUGAUAGCAAGCAUGCUGAUAAAAUUAAGAAACACUUUGCUGGUUUAGUUGAUGAAAUGGCCAACAGAAAAGAAUUCUUAAAAGGGUUUCAUCGUGGAUCUGGUGAAAUGAGUGAUGAUGUUGAUGAAAAUUCCACAAAGGCUGAAACUGAGUUCCAGGAGUUCGAAGAAAAGGAAAUUUCAUCGUGUAUGAAUAUAAGUGUCAAAACCGAUGCAUCCAAUAGUGGUAUGGGUUUGUCUUCUCUGCAAGAAGUUGGUUGUACCAAUCUAUUUGAGUCAAAUGAUGGGGAACAACAGAAGAUUAUCCAGGAACUUCGUGAGUGCUUGCCUGCAUGGGUCACUCAGGAUCAAAUAUUAGAUCUGAUUAGCAGCUCUGGGAGAAAUGUCGUUGAUGCAGUUUCUAAUUUUUAUGAACGAGAAACUGAAUUUUAUGAACAUGUUUCAACUCUAACGGAUAUCUGUCCCAAGUACCCAAGCAAAAUAUCAGAUAGCCCGUUUACUUUUCCUGCAACAGAUAAUAAAAAGGUGGUCAUUUUGGGAAAAGUUGACACUUCUUCAGGCCAUGCUUCAAAGUCGUCCAGUCCAAGGGGGACGGCCAAGACUAAAACUUCUCCUGGAAAAAGGAAGAGAAACUUUCAAGAUAAGCCCAAAAAUAAGUCAAGAAAAAAUUUAAGUCUGCAUUCUGGUGGGUCUAAGCAAUCUACAAUCACAAAAUUCUUCAGGAAAGCUCCACGUUUGUCUGAUUGUUCUAAAAUGGAAUCUAUAGAAGAAAAUUGUCAAGAUCAAAGUUCUCCAAAUGAUAUUACCGAAUAUGUAAACAAGAUCGACGAGUUUAUUCAAAUAAUAAAUGGUGACGAAUCAUUAAAAACACUUGUUGAAUCAUUAUUGGUAAAGACAAACGGAGACAUGAAUAUGGCACUUGAUUUGUAUUAUACUAAUCCUCAGGAGAGGCUUGGUCAAAAUGAAAAGGGUCACAUCUUCAGCGGGAACCCAAUCCAAACUGAAAGGAAUUCGGAUGAAUGCUUAUCUACUCAGAAGAAAAACAUGCUAGAAAAUAUUGGGCUUGAGACUGAUUUGUCUAAGAAGAUAAAUGAAACUUUUGUAUCCCUACCACCUGAAGAUUAUGACCCAGUCAAGAAUGCCUGUUGGCGGUAUGGACAGCCUGCCCCAUAUAUACAUCUUGUACGUACUUUUGAUCUGCUUGAAGAGGAAAAAGGGAAGAUAAAAGCUACAUCUAUGCUUUGCAAUAUGUUUAGAAGUUUAUUGGUUUUGUCUUCUGAGGAUGUGCUGCCUGCAGUGUAUUUAUGCACUAACAAAAUUGCUGCUGACCAUGAAAACAUGGAACUAAAUAUUGGUGGGAGUUUGGUCACAGCAGCACUUGAAGAGGCAUGUGGGGUUGGUCGUUCCAAGAUAACUGAAAUGUAUAACGAAUUAGGUGAUUUAGGAGAUGUUGCUCUUGCAUGUCGCCAAGCACAGAGAUUAUUGGCACCUCCUUCACCCCUCCUCAUUAAAGAUGUAUUAUCUACCCUUCGGAAAGUUAGUGUACAAACAGGUAGUGGAAGUACUGCACGUAAGAGAAAUCUGAUUGUCAAUCUCAUGCGUUCUUGUAGAGAAAAGGAAAUCAAAUUUCUUGUAAGAACCUUGGUUCGUAACUUACGUAUAGGAGCCAUGUUGAAAACUGUUCUUCAUGCUCUGUCCCAAGCUGUUUUCAUAAGUUCAUCUCUCAACAUUUACAAGGAAGAAAUGUUGGGGAAUUUAAAGGAGAAGCUUCAGAACUUCUCAGCUACGGUGCUAGAUGCAUACAACGUGCUUCCAAAUUUUCAGGAUCUGAUUGUUCCUUCUCUUAUGGGCAAAGGGAUUGAAUUCUCAUCAUCGUCUCUAUCAAUGGUUCCAGGAAUACCUAUUAAGCCAAUGCUUGCAAAGAUUACUAAUGGUAUUCCUCAAGCGUUGAAAAUCUUUGAGAAUAAAGCUUUUACAUGUGAAUACAAAUAUGAUGGUCAGCGUGCGCAAAUUCACAAACUGGCAGAUGGUUCUUUGCGAGUUUUCUCUCGAAACAGUGAUGAUACAACGUCAAAAUUUCCUGAUUUGAUCAAAAUAAUUAAUGAAUUAUCUAAACCUGCUGUCUCAACUUUCAUACUGGACGCCGAGGUUGUUGGUGUUGAUAGGAAAAAUAAUUGCAGACUAAUGUCUUUCCAAGAAUUAUCAUCACGUGGGAGAGGGAACAAAGACUCACUGAUUGCUGUUGAUAGCAUAAAGGUCGAUAUUUGUGUGUUUGCUUUUGACAUUAUGCUUGCCAAUGGAAAGCAACUGCUGGGGUUACCUCUCCGGGAUAGACGAAAAUAUUUGAAAGAUUUGUUUGGUGAUGGUAGGCUAGGGUAUUUUGAAUAUGCGAAAGAAAUUUCAAUUGAAAAGGAUGAUGCCUGCUUAAACUGUGAAUCCACUUUGAUUAAAUUAAAUUGUUUCCUUGGAGAUGCAUUCCAUUCAUCAUGUGAAGGAAUUAUGGUCAAAUCUUUAGAUGUAGAUGCUGGAUAUUUUCCCUCAAAGCGUACGGACACAUGGUUGAAGGUAAAGCGGGAUUAUCUUGAAGGAUUGAAUGAUUCUCUUGAUUUAGUCCCUAUUGGUGCUUGGCAUGGAAAUGGAAGAAAAGCUGGAUGGUUCAGCCCUUUCCUCAUGGCUUGUUACAACCCUGGCACUGAAGAAUUUCAAAGUGUAUGUCGUGUUAUGUCAGGAUUCUCUGAUGCAUUUUACAUUGAGAUGAAAGAAUUUUUUUCUGGGGAUAAGAUUUUGUGUAAAAAGCCAGUUUAUUAUCGAACUGCUGAAGUUCCUGAUAUGUGGUUCUUGCCACAAGUUGUUUGGGAAAUUAGAGGUGCAGACUUAACAGUAUCGCCAGUUCACCAGGCUGCUGUAGGUUUAAUUCAUCCUGUUCGUGGCAUCUCAAUCAGGUUUCCAAGAUUUAUUCGUUCGGUUCCGGAUAGAAAUCCUGAAGAAUGUAGCACGGCUACAGAUAUAGCGGAAAUGUUUAAUUCUCAAACGAGGAAAAUGGAUGUUGCAUCAGGAGGUUGAGCUUAUUUUAUCGGCUUUUCAGACAGUUAUUGCUUUACCAUCAGAUGUAUAUGUGAACUUGUAAAUUUUAGAAGUAUGGGUUUUAGUUAGUCUCCCUCUGUUUUCAUUAGUAAGGCUGUAAAUCGAUUAGAAUAGGGGUUGAUUUGGAGUUCAGAUGAUAUGCGAAUUUCCUACUAUAUUCUGUAUAUAAUUUUACUAAACGUUUCAAGUCUAUUUUCAUGCAUUGCUGUCGGUGAUUUUCUC